AUCAACGACACUUUACUGCCCUACAGGCGCUCAAGGACUGAGGUAAAGGGAAACGAAAUACCCGCGAAUUCCCCUGAAGAUUUGACAAAGGAUUACAAGACAGUAUGGACAAAACGGAGCAGUUUGUCAACAUCGACCUAAACGACGACAACAUCUGCGGUGUCUGCAAGCUGGAGACCGACACGGGGACCAUGUCCUUCUGCCAUGUCUGCUUUGAGCUGAGCAUCGAAGGUGUGUCCCAUGCGACCCUCCUGCACUCCAAAUCCCUACGGGGUCACCGGGAGUGUUUUGAGAAGUACCACCUCAUCGCCAACCAGAAGCUGUCCCGCUCCAAGGUCUCCCGCAGUGCCUACGAGGGAAUGAAGCUGGCCCUGAGCCAGAAGAUCAGCCGUAUUGUUCAGUACGCCCAGAACAAAGACUCCGUCAGCUUAGAGGGAGGUCCGGGCCGCCGGGGGGGCAAGCACCAGCUCCUUUGCUACAGCCAGAAUGGAGAACGUACACUUCUUCCCCAGUCAGACGCCCAAGUGCCUCGCUAUACCCCAUGCUGGAACCAGGGGACGGGGGCAGGAGGGCUGCCGGACUACGCCACAGGCAUGCUGGAGUGCCACUCGGCCGAGGGGCUGGGGCUACUGGAGGACGGGCAGGGCCUGGGGGGCCUGUGGGGGUCCACAGGGAGGAGGGGUCUUCAUCGCCACAGCCAGUGUUCUGGAGGAGACCACCAGCUGCUGCACUCAAACAAUGGCCACAGCAGAGACGAGUUGAUUCACAUGAGUGUGGAUGAACUCCACCAGCUGAAUGGCCAGCUCCUGCUACAGAUUCAAAAGGUGUUUGAGGAGCUGACGGUGGCUGUACAGGAGAAAGACUCGCUGUCGUCGGAGCUGCACGUUCGUCAUAUCGCUAUCGAGCAGCUCUUCAAGAACUGUGCCAAGCUUCCCUGGCUGCAGAUCAGCCGAGCCGGGUCCGGGGUCAAGGCCAGCAGCAAUGCUCCCGUGGAGUGAGGGGAGUCUGGGGGUACCUACCUGGCUUGGCUGCCUCUCUCAGGGGGCUGGCUGUCUCACUCCCAGGGCUACAGACACAGGCUGGCCUCUAGCCAGUGCCCUUUGUAUUGUGAAAGACUUGCUGCGUGGUGUGGUUUGUCGCAGAUGAGUGAGGAAUGGACUUGGCCUCCUCUCAUCAUGCUUAAGGCUUUCUGACUGCAGUACUUGAAUAAAGGGCUUGAGGAAAGGCAAUAAAAUUGAAGGACCUUGGGAACCAUCGACUUCCAAAUGGGAACUGUGGGUUUUUGAUCCCCUCUGUUGGUGGACCUAUUGCCUAUGCAGAUAAAGUAAUUUUGAAAGAAUGUCUAUUCAAAUGCAUUUGAUUCAGUGACGUGAGCAAGAUCUUGUUUGCAUAUCUAGCUAAAGUUGUAUUCUUUUCACCAACAUUUCAUUUUUUGGUUUUCAUCUUUUACAUUUAGCCUUCUUUUGUUAUUUUCAUUACACCAUUUCCUCGCUCCUCAGCAAAUAUUUUGUUGACUUAUUCUGCAGCUGUGGUAACUGUUUCUAAAUGACGAGUGAGAUUUUAUUUUGUAAUCUGUGCAGUGAAACCCACUCCUGAGGUUUGAAGAUUCUGUUACAUCACACACAAUCUAGUUCUAAGUGGAGGUGGGAUUUUAGCCGUUUUGGAUUAGGGUUGAAUUGAUAUUUUUUUGGUUUUAUUUUUUUGGUUUUGUAUUUUCAUUUUUUUGUUAGUGGCAUGCUGCAAAUGCUAUUCUCUGAUAGUCUUAACUUAAGUUCUCUCUUUUCAACUGGUAAGGUAUUUUAUGGCUGUCGAGCACAAGUCAUGCCUGUAGUUGAACAAGGGAGUGACAUGAAAUACAUGCUGAAAGCAGAGAAGGCCCGACUCUAAGCGUUAUAUGGUCCAAUUGCCAAACCAAAGUAUUUUAUUUGCUUCAAGGCAGCAAAUGUCAGUAUUUAUUAUUUUACUUGUGGCCGACAAGUAUAGGCCUCGCUAGACCAACUAGAAUUGAUAGUGAAAUGCAAUAGAAUACACUGAUACCAAAUGUGGCUCAAUGACAUGUGUGAUUCUAUAACAUAGGUUUAGCUGUAAUGUCCUCUGUUAUGAACCGUUCAACACUUCUCCCCUGGUUUCAUGGUCUGUUAUGUUGUGUUAUUAAUGUAUGUAAUCAAUUAUUUUAAUAUUGUUUUUCUCUUCUGGUUUUGGGUUUCAAAUGUGAUUUGGUUUGUACUUAUUUUAUUUAUAAUUUUAGCCAAUUAUUUUCUGGGGGUAGGCCUAUGCCUUGUGGAGUUCAAAUUUAUGGAUAUGUGAACUCAAACUAGACAGCCGAAUCCUGUUUUAUCUUAACAGGAUGUGUCCAACAAUUACCAUUGCCUCCUGCUUUAAGGGCACUGAUUGGAAGGAACCAAUAUAGCUGAAAGAACCCAAAUAAUGAUUUGUUUCACCUAUCUAGCCAAAAUGCACUGAUAAACAAAAAAAGUUAGUCACUCACCCACUCCUCUAAUGGAAUGACAUGACAUCCUCCAAGCAGUAUGUGGACACCCCUUCAAAUUAGGGGAUUUGGCUAUUUCAGCCACACCCGUUGCUGACAGGUGUAUAAAGUCGAGCACACCGCCAUGCAAUCUCCAUAGACAAACAUUGGCAGUAGAAUGGCCCGUACUGAAGAGCUCAGUGACUUUCAACGUGACACCGUCAUAGGAUGCCACCUUUCCAACAAGUCAGUUAGUCAGAUUACUGCCCUGGUCAACUGUAAGUGCUGUUAUUGUGAUUUUGAGAGAGAAAAAAAGUGACAAACAAAUGAACUAUUCAUGAAUAUUUGGGGAACAGCUGUAGUAAGAACAUGAUUUAUGUUUAGACACCCUCAAGUGGUGGUUUAAAAUUACUGCAGAGGUUCUUACCACUGAAGUGGAGCCUCUUGGGAUAGUUCUAUAAUUGGCCCAACAUGAAUUUGUAUGUUUUGGGAAGAAAUAAACACUUAUAAUCAGGUUGUGAUUUAUUUGAACCUCCCAAUGUCAGUCACCCUCUUUAUAAGAGAUCAGAUUUGACCCCUUUGGGGUUUACACAAAAGGUUUUAGGUCUGCUUUGUCUCAUCCUGGUUUUGUUUGGAUUAAUAGGUGUGUUCUUCUGAGCAUGAGUUACUGAUUUCUAGAUACACUUAAAAUAAGGGCUGUUUCUUGUAGACUUCCCCUGGUGUGACGUUUUGAUAACCAAGUAAAUCUCUCUCGGACAAGGUGCCUUAUCAAUAUAUUCGGCUCUAUUUACUCUGAAUCGAAAAUGCUAAUUUGCAUCAAAGUAGACAUGCAAAACUACAAAUCCCUGCAAGCUCCUGCACUUCAUCUCAAGCUGACUCGUUUGCUAACAUGUAUUGUCAGUUUAAAACUUGCUCAAGACAGUUUACAGAAUUGUCCAUUUUUAAAGAAAUGUAGCCAAUUUAUUAAUUACUACAUUUGGCUAACAUUAGAUACUUAAUUCAGAGAUUCUUACCUUUGCCUCGAUUCUGCAGUCUCACCGGGAUCAUGCCAUUUGUAGUUCUUAAUGAUAGCCACAUUAGCAGCUAAUUUAUCAUUUCAUUUUUGGGGGGUAAAUACAGGUGAAUAUAUUGUUAAAAGUUGCCUUGUCCUAGAGAGAUUUACAUGGUUAUAAAAACAUCACACCAAGGUAAGCCUGCAUGAAACAACCCUUAUUUUUAGUGUUUCUAAAAAUCCACUAUGGGGAAAAAUUAAUGGUAGAAGAACAAUAUGAAACAUUUCCCUGUUUGACUGCUUGUCUUCAUGGGUAUUAUGACUCAUACUGUGGUACUCUAUAGUGUACUUAUACCAGGGGAUGGGGUGCCAUUUCAGAUUUGUCCACUGAGUGGUUUGUAGGUUUUGUAAAAUUAUGUCUGAACGGUUGCUUCCCUGGUUGGAAAGACCUGUGAGCCACCUGUGUCUGUCUGGGGUAAAUGUCCAUUAGCUGUGUGUGUAUCUGGAAAUGUGUACAUACAUACCCGUUACAAUGCUUUCCCCUUUCUGCUAAAUUUGACUUGACUCAUUAUUUACUUGGUCUGAUAUACAUUAAAGGGAUAGUUAUACCAAAUUACAAAAUUACAUUGCUUUCCUUACCCAGUAAAGUACGACAGCAAUCCAUGUUUUGUUUUUAUUUCUCUGUCACUGUUUCCCGCAUUUGGCUUAUUAGUUUUUUUGCGCAUCAUGUCCAACUCUUUCCAUAGUAUCUCACAUGUAUUGUGAAACUCAGUAACUUAUAGAUGAUUUGAACAUGAUGUGCAAAAAAUGCUAAAGUCAGUACCAGGACUUGAAUGGGAUUUGUGCCACAAAUGCUCCAACGUUCUUUUGUAAGAGGUGCCAGGAAAACUUAACCAAAGCAUGGAUUGUUGUCAUACAUUGUCCAGUAUGUCAUUUGGGUGAACUAUCCUACAUAUAGUAAUGUGUGAACUAUGCCUGUGCUGUGUGGAUUUCUUUGUAGAAAAUGUUUAUUUGUGGAGCUGACUGCCUAUAUGAAUUGUCUAAAUUGUUUUGUAUUUUUUCCAAAAUAUUUCAAUAAAAUAUUUUUCAUACA